UCAAAUACAUAUUCGGUUUUGUUUUCGCAACACAAUUGACAUCAACAAUCUGCAUAAAAAUGGGCUUUGCAUCAACUCGUAGCAUAGGAAAUGUCUUUAUGGGAUUUAUCUAUAUGGCUCUUAUUGUGGCCAUAUUUUUAAUUUUGACACAGGAUUUGUUAAAUGACUUAACGAAGGACUCAUCCUAUAAGGAUACGGAAACAAUGGGGAGUGGAUGCAUUAAAAAGAAAAAUUAUUUGGGUAUUGUAGUUGACUUCUUUGACAAUAUACUAGACUCCGAGUUACUUCAUCAUUUGGCAAGACAUACUAUGCAGCUAUUUCUAUUGAUCCUGCUGGUUAUGGGUCUUAAAAUGCAGCGGCAUUUACUUAUGUUACCUUGGAUUAUUGUCAAUAUUGUUGGUUUGAUUAUUGUUACCCUAUGGGGCGUUUUCGUCUACACUAUGAAGUUAAUUGUUGAAGACGAUAUUGCCUUCACGGCUAGUGAGUUGCAAUUCAUUGCAUUUGUAUUCGUGUGCUGGUUUGGUAUCUUCCCCAUCUACAAGGCCUACAAGAUGAUAAAAGAUUUCAACAACUUACCACGCUAUCGUGGAAAACUUAUACAUACAUCUACAUAUAUCUAA